CUAGUUUAUUUCCAGGAAUUUUUCAUCAGGUUCAGUGAUUUGUUGGCACAACAAGGAUCUUCUCUUUUUGAGGAUCAACCUCGCUGAGCCGGCUCUUUUGCAAUUUAUCAAUCUACUUAGGUGAUUUAGUGGUGCCUACUUACCAGUAUUGCCUCUGUUUGCCAUCCGGCGUCCUUGAGUCCGCCCUAUAGAAGUUGUACUUCUGGAUCUGGGGCUCAAGACAUAGCUCGUUCUUUUUUUGUUUGCAUCUGACACUUAACGAAGCAACUUCGUGACCCAGAACGAGUUGCGCAAGUAGAAGGAAUGCUUGGAGCAACGACAAGGCUUUUCCUUGCGGCAGCUGCGUCGCAAGGUUCUUUACAGCUUGUAAACGCGGCAGCUGCAGCGGCCUCCUCUUCUGGAAGCAAGGAUAAUGCAGCUGGUCCCGUGUCUCCAACUGCCUUGAAAGUCGACUAUCCCGCGAAACCAGCGACCUUUCUUUACGUCACGAAAUCCGAGUACGAGAAAAAGUUUCUGAACUCACUUCCGUCCGGCCACAAAUGCCGAAACACGAAGGAGGUGCUGAAGCAGUCAUUUGAUAAAAAGAAAACCACCUUCUACAUCACCGACGCAGACUGCAAACAAGCUUUCAAUGCGUGGAAGACACGGGUAAUAUUGGUUAGGGAGAAGAGAUUAGUGUGUCUGCUUUCUUUACUGCCGGAAGUUCAUAGUUUUUCUGAUGAAGAGUAUGAAGAAAUCCAUAUAUUGUGCCGUACUCGACGUCCUGCAAAGCGGUGAAGAUGACGAAAAAACAGAUGCUCGUUUUACCUGACUAGCGCUCGGUUUUAUCUAGCACUCGGUCAGGUGGAGACUUACAGAAUUACAAGCGUGACUUGGCUGACCACCAUUUUGCAGGAAGUGUGAGUGUCAUUGACAGGACUCUGUCACCACUUUUACAGGAAAAAUCUACGUGUUGACCAGCACAUCAAUCCUCAUCGCCCCAGGUAUCUCGGCUUGCUACUCCAACCGGCACGCAAAACGUGACCGUUCACUGCGAGCUCGCGCAGCUGCAAACGGUCGAGGAGGCGCUAACGGGGAAACCAAUUUCCGCGAAGCGAUCCCAGCGCAUUUUGAUGGUGCCGGUAAAAUUGGACGUAGGUUCGGAGACGUGCCCUGCAAGUGAGCAAGCAGACGAGCAGACGCAGGAAAUUUCCCUCCUGGACGACAAUACAGUAUUUUCAUUCCUUUCUGUAUCAAUCUGUCUGGACACGACGUCAUCUCCCAUGCAGGCUACCAACCCAUUUUGGAAUCCUUUCCCUACGCCUUCUACUACUUCGAAAGUCACCAGAUCUUUUCGCAGGGCAGCUGAAAUUCAGUUCUUAUAAUUCUUUUACGUUAAAAACUCAAUCCACAUAGAACAUAUAACAGCUCACCGGCCCCGCGCCCGCGAGUCCCCCGGCCGACAUGGCUGCUGGCGUUGCUCUAUGAACUGCAAAAGUAUCGUACUCGUAGUAAUUGCAUUCAUGCAUUGCAAAUCUUUGUCUUGAGGCAGAUCCUCAUUACAAAUUUUAUUUCUCGUGCUGAGUAAAUUUGUAAUGCAUUUAUACGAGUAUGAUACUUUUGCAAUGCAUAUGCUCAGUUGGCUUCUCCCAUCAGCAGCCCGAUCGCAGGAUGUAGGCCGCGGACCUCCGCCAAGCGUAGCGCGGACCACUUCUCCAGCAACAUGAUUAACCCGAACGACCCCCUGCUGCUUUCCCCGGCGGCAAAGCGCGCCCGAGGAUCUUUAAGCAACGGCGAACAGCAAACGCGUUCCAUUUUCAACCCGAAACGCUACCUCCUCGGGAAGCACGUCCCACGGCCGCAAAAAACGGCGUUUUCCGCGUUCACGGUCAAGGGGGUGCAGGAACGCGGCGCGGUCAAGAACGUUUUUCUUCUGGCGGACAAGGAAGACGGACAGAAAAUUCUCGAGUUCUGUUUCGAACAGGCUGCUUUGCACGCAAGAAUUUUGUUGGACGUCACUGCUACUUACCGAAAGUACCAAUCUUCCCGGGUGUAUGCGCGCGCGGAUCGGGAUGGUAUUUGGAUUUGUUUCUAGGUUGUCGUUGUAUCUAUAGAUUAUUGGAGGUACUUUGUCCGGGGUUCAUAAUUUCGUGCAUCUGGAUAUGGAAGAACAACAACGUCGUUCCUGUGCAGGACUUAGACAGAAACGGUGUAUGAAGAUCUUUGAGUUGCAGUUGAUCUGAUUUUGUACAACGAAACCGAUCACGAGACUGUCGUGAAGAACGUGAUGAAUCCAGCUGUGAUGAACCAGGUGGUCAACAGUGUACGUAGCAUGAUGUAGCUCAUCGAUCUUCAGCACCUAUUUAUUUGGGGGCAAAGAUCAUAGACCACUGCACCAGGUACGACUGAGUUCAUGCCCUUGACGGAUUGGCUGUACCGCAAGGAAGACAAUGGCAUCGCUAUCAUUUGUAAAAUCGUCCCCACCCCAGCAUAGUUGUCAUGCAAAUUUGCAUGGUGAAAAUGUCUCUCAUGCGGAGCGCCAUGAGAAACAAUUUCCAGUCUUGUUUUGGCAUUUGUCAUGCUCCAAUCAGCAUGAGAAGCUGGAUCUGUGAUGCUGGCAAACUAGAAGAUAAACAGGAUUACACUACGAGGCCAAACUUGUCAUGCGCAGCAGCCAAAGCUUACCGAUUUGUGUUGCAGAUUUCCCAACUUGACUAUGGGGCGGGGACGUUUUUACACAGGAUAAUCGCCAGGAACGCCCGCGCCGAGACGGUAGUGAUGGACGGGAAAUUAUUGUGAGGAAAAGCAUCCCCACCCCCCAUAGUUGGCAUGCAGAUUUGCGAUUACAGGAAGACUUGUAAUGCGUAUCUCCAUGAUGAGAGGCAUAAUUUCCAAACGCGUUCUGCAAUUUGUAAUGCUAUAAACAGGAUGAGCAGAUGGAUUUGUGAUCCGCGGUUGUCCUUGCUAACAUGCACUACACUACGGACUGCAACUUGUCAUGCGUGGCUCCCAAAGUUUUUGGAUUUGCGUUGCUCAGUUCCCAACUUGACUAUGGGGCGGGGACGUUUUUACAUAUGAUAGAAAUUAGACCGCGUCGAGCUGGCCGAUGGAGUUGCGCUUGAGGAAAGGAACUGGUACGACCAGAGUAAGUAGCAUGUAAAAAUAAAUUCGAGGAAGUGGAAGCUUGAGUCAAAAUACGAUCAGCACCACCGACUGGCUGCUGGAUAAGUCGCAGCGCAAGGAUAAGUCGCAAUUUUCUACUUCUCUUGCUUCAUCCUGUUGUAGCGGUGCUUAUUACUCAAACAAGAUGACAGCACUCACAAUCUUCAUCGUCGGAUGUAGUUGAAACACGCCCAACAUCAGGUUGGCCGCCAAGCGCGCGGACUUUGUUCGAAAAACCACGGAGCUCGCCCGGAAAGUGCACAGCGGCGACGGCAGUGCGUUCCAGAAGCUGAAGUGCGAGCUAAAGCGCGGGCGGUUCGACACAGCGCUGAAGUCCAGCUUUGGGGCGCUGAAGAAUUACAAGACGCGCCGGAGCCUGCAGUGGGUCAGCUACAUCGGGGUCGUCGCUGCCAGCUAUCUGUUGUCCAAUGUGGUGGCGAAUGCAGCAGGAAAAGUUGUUGGGCCUGCAGCCGCUAAUUUCGCGGCGCAGGCGGCGCCGGAGCAAGUAUGGAAGCGUCAGGAUUGAAAUCGUCAGAGUUGAAAUUGUUUGUGAUGCAUAAAAUGCAUGACCCGAGGUACGUGCGUUGCAGAGCAGGCAAGUGAGGCCGAUUGUAAGCCUGUUUGGGGCUAGAGCUCGAGCAGCUAAAGCAGCAUGAGAAAAUCGGUCUUCUUUGCCUAAACAGCAUGACAAACUGGAUUUAGGGAGCGCCAAAAUUUGUCAUGCUCCGCUUGGAAACUGGGCUCCAACUGGCAUCCAUUUUUUGCAUGACAAAUCAUUUCAACUUUGUCGAUUUCAAACCUGACGCUUCCAUAGCAAGUAAGUGUUCAGUAUAUGGCGCAAUGGAUUCCUUCGAUUUCGAACAGAAUCACCAUUCCGGUUAUCCAGGAGAAAACAACCAGCCCCAUCCAUUUUAUGCAUGACAAACACAGGAUAUCAUACAUGUUUUGCAUGACAAAUUGGGUGGUGAUGGUUGUUUUUUUGUGGAUACCGGUGAAGGGACCGGCGCAGCUGCUAGCCAACUACAUCCCCUCAACGUUUUGGGAAAAAAACGCGGCUGCCUACCUGAAGCGAAAAAUGCAGGAGUAUUUUUUAUUUCAAUGAUUGUUUAUUUUGCUUGCUUUGUGUUUUUAAGUUCUGGAUUUUGGCAUGCCGGAAAUGGAAAAAGAAUACCGAUAAAUAAGGGCGCGAAGAAUGACCGUAGAGUUUUCGUUUUGAUAUCUUCUUCAAGAAGAUGAAUGAAAGAGUGCAAGAGGAGCUGCACGAGGACCAGAGCUACUCGUAUUAAUUCUCUCUCUCUCUCUCUCUCAACAUCUAUCAUGAGAAAAUAAAUAACUCUGCAGACAUGGUGCUCUUUUCAUGGUUGCCGGUGCGGGAUUCAUCCAGUAUGACGUACUGGGAAAGCUCAUGAAUUACCUCUCCCCCGAAGGCGACUUGAAGGACGCCAUCAAGUUUGACGAGAAAGAAAUGAAGAAGUUGGCUACGGAAUUCGCCAACGUUCGCAGCGACCUGGUUGCGCUAAAGGAAAACGACUACAUCUACGUGAACAGGGAGGGAAACACCCUGAGCUUUUGGCAAAAGUUCUUCGCGAGCGAGGACUUGAUUUUCCACGAGGGAAGCUUUGGAAAGGUGGUGAAGACUCCAACCGGGCCAAUCAAACCGAAUGGGGCGGGAAUGUAUAGGAACAAACUUCUUGUUUCGUUCUAUGUACAACUUUCUUCCUGUUGUGCUAACUAUUGAUGGCUGGUGAUCUUUCAGCACGUAGUUAUGCACACGGACAUGUUGAGACGUACUUUUAGUUUUACAUCCAUUACGACCCCUUCUCCACUGAAAUUUACUUGCUCCUCAUCCUCACAGGUACGAAUUCGUCCCGGAAGGCAUGUCCAAGACGGACAAGCUGGAAAUUCUUUGGAAUGUGGGUGGCGGCGACACGCCGGAAGUUACUGCCCGCUCGGGGCAGCACAAACCCGCGACACUCAAGAAGUUUUUAGCCGAGGGAAAAAUGAUGAAGAUUACCCCGAAAAAGUGAUGAGCAAGUUCGGGGGAGUAGUUGCACCGGAAUAAAAAGAUUAUUGAUGAACAAAAUCAGAGAAGAAAUAAAGGUUUUUUUGCGGAGAAGUUCACAGAUGGUGAUGUUUUUGGGGUAUUGAUGUCCCGAUGAACAUCAAAUUUGUACAUCAACUUUGAAGGGUCGUGCGGGUGGAAAAUGAACCUCACACAGAGAAAGUUGAAGUUGUGCUACGCCCGCGCAAUGAUGCGGAACACCACGAGUAUGAGUAUGAAUAUAGCAAGUUGCACACUUAGCGAAAAUAUUAACGAUGGACGCCGUCCUCGACCUCGCGGGAUGAUAUGCGCAUCACAUCUAGAGAGAGAGUCAGGGUCUUACGUGGACUUCUACUAUGAUCCGACUUUAUGAUUUUAGGUAGGACAACUUCAAAUAAGUAGCGCGGCCGAGCAAGCAGAGCCACUUCGAAUUUCAAUAUAGACAAUAAGGAAAGGACACAGUAAAACUUGUUUUUAUUUGCAACAACUUCGUGCGACUCGGUCGUCGCACGGGGGCACGACGAAGCAGGAGCUUCCCGUAUAGUUUUGCUUUUACUCUUGAGAAUACAGCAUAGCGAAGGUACGAUGAACUACGGCUGCCUAGAAGAUAGUUUGCACGCACCUGAGUGGUAAAGACGUUUGGAGGAGUAU